GAGGAGCCCACAUCAAAGUUCAGUUUUGUAUUCAAUUCUUUGCUCUUAGUCCUACAAGCAGAAGCAACACAGCAUAUCCCGCCAGCACACAGUAAAGCCUUUAGGAUGUGGGUCAUCACUGUCAUCUCUGUGGCCUGCCUGCUGGUGAGUCCAUCCCUGGCUGGGAUCAAAGACCUCAGCUCUCAUUUUACUGACCCUCAGCCAGACCCCAGAGGCUUUGAAGGGGACACAGUGGAUAUAGAGGCCAUCCCCUUGGAGUUCCACAAAGAAAACACUGUCACUAAUGACCUAGUUUUUGAUGGCUUUGAGGAUGAAGAUUACAUUGAUUUUGAUAAGAUCCUGGCUGCGGGCAGUGACGACUACAUUGAAGGGGAUGAGAUAGAUGAGAUUGCCACACCAGCCCCAGACAUUGACAUCUUUGCCGAACCCUCCGACCCAAAGAUUCGCCGUGCCAGACUCCUACGGCUGUUCCAUGGUCGGUCUCGCCUUCAACGCCUCAACAUAGUUAAUGCCCAUUUCAGUUUCAAGCUCUAUCGAAGUCUUCGUAACCAUGUCAACCAGAGUGACAACAUCCUGCUAGCACCUGCUGGGAUCUCCAUCGCUAUGGGGAUGAUGUCUUUAGGGGCAGGACCUGGAACCCAUGAUCAGAUCUACAAAGCUCUGGGAUUCGCUGAGUUUGUCAAUGCUAGCCACCACUAUGACAACACAACAGUGCAUAAGCUCUUCAGGAAGCUGACACACAGGCUCUUCAGGAGGAACUUUGGUUAUACACUACGCUCUGUAAACGAUGUCUACGUAAAGAAGGAUGUCUCAGUGAAAGAUGCUUUCCGUGCACAGACAAAGGCUUAUUAUUUUGCAGAGCCGCAGUCAGUGGACUUCAGGGACCCUGCCUUUCUAGACAAGGCCAACAGUCGCAUCCUGAAGCUGACUAAAGGGCUGAUCAAGGAACCACUCAAGAGUGUGGACCCAAAUAUGGUGCUGAUGCUGCUCAACUACCUGUACUUCAAAGGUACAUGGGAACAGAAAUUCCCCAAAGAAAUGACUCACUAUCGCAACUUCAGAGUUACUGAAAAGACAAAUGUGCGCGUGCCAAUGAUGACCAACAAGGGGAACUAUCUGGCUGCUGCCGACCACGAACUAGAGUGUGACAUCCUACAGCUCCCAUACACAGGAAACAUCAGCAUGCUCAUUGCCUUGCCUAGGAAGAUCACUGGCAUGAGGACUUUGGAGCAGGAGAUCUCUCCCACCGUUGUCAACAAGUGGCUCAGAAACAUGACAAAUAGGACUCGGGAGGUGGUGAUACCUCGGUUUAAACUGGAGCAAAACUAUGACUUGAUUGAAAAUUUGAAGGAGAUGGGCCUCACUGACUUGUUCCAGGAGAGUGGAGAUUUCUCUGGAAUGACCUCUGAAAAGGUUGCCAUGAACUGGCUGAAGCACCAGGGAACCAUCACUGUGAAUGAAGAGGGGACAGAGGCUGCUGCUCUGACCCAGGUGGGCUUCAUGCCCCUCUCCUCUCAGAUCCGCUUCACUGUGGACCAGCCCUUCCUCUUCCUUAUCUACGAGCACCGCACAGACUGCCUUGUGUUCAUGGGCCGGGUGGUCAAUCCUUCACAGACUUAAAGUUGACCAAAAAGCCCUUCUAAACAGCUAAACUAUUCCCUACAAAUUCCAUGUUUGGUUAGAACUUCCAACUAAGACAUUCCCUGGUUUUAAUAGCAGGAGUGUUAUUUUUUUAAUAGGCAGUUACUUCUAUUAGUAAAAAUAUGUAAAUGUAACAUCAAGUAAUGAGUCUUUAUGUGUAUGUAGUCUCUUAAUGAACAUUUAAACUUCUCCUUCAUAUUUCUCAAAGUGUUGUGAGUCUGUCGGAACGACUCAUUGAAAGCUUGUUAUCUGUCUGUUAAUGUUUUAUCUUAUGCAAUGAGGCUAGUGGAGAAAUGUGCUAAAAAAUGACAUUAUGUAACUGUCAUUACCCUAAUGUCAAACUGUAAUAAUUGCAGAAAGACUAUGGAAACACAAGAAAGGGGAUAAUAAAAUAAUACAUAACACUA